CGUAAGGUUGCGCAAAGCAUGAGGACCAUCGAAAGUGCCCCCACCCUAGGUUAGAGCGGAAACCUCUUAAAUACUCUGCUUCAUUCUCUCUGCUGGACAUACACUGUCUUUGCCUGCGUACUAUUUGUGCAUCAGGAUGUGUCAAAAAAUGGUGAUGCAGACAAUAAUUUUCGCGGCGGUGUUGGCGUGUGCUGUAGCGAGGCCGGAGCCCCCAUCAUCGUAUGGUCCCCCGGCGACGUCUUACGGGGUACCUGCCCCGCAGUACGGUCCACCUCAACAACCGAUUGUUCACAAACAUGUCUACGUUCACGUCCCGCCUCCCGAUAACGAACUGCCCAAACCCCAGAAGCAAAUAUACGUGCCUCCUCCACAAAAACACUACAAAAUAGUGUUCAUUAAAGCGCCAACACCGCCAACGCCGACCGCACCAGUUAUUCCAGUACAGCCUCAGAACGAAGAAAAGACACUUGUAUAUGUGUUGGUUAAAAAGCCUGAGGAUCAACCUGAUAUUGUGAUUCCCACACCUGCCCCGACACAGCCAUCAAAACCGGAGGUCUAUUUCAUCAGAUAUAAGACACAGAAACAAGACGGAUACCCUGCUGCAGCGCCACCAGCUUCUCAAUACGGUCCACCCGCUUCCGCUCCAUCUUCUGAAUACGGCGCUCCUUAAAAAUAAAAAUUUUAGAAACACGCUUUCCUUAGAAUACCUUUUAACGUAAGUAGGAAAACCAAAAAUAUGUAUACAUUUAUAUUUUUAUAUUUAGUAUAUGCUAAGUUUGUUGACCGUGACCGCAAAACGAUAAAUUGUAGUUAGUUUGUGCCAUUUCUUAACCCUCUUAGUUUGUGUCUCCAAUAAUUCAAAUUUCGAAAUUAAUCUUUCAAUAGACUAUCGAUUAUCGAAGGAUUUUUCUAUUUUUUGGCAAUCGAAGCUCUCAUUACGUAGAUGGCAUAGCUACAUCAACUGUAACACAAAUUAACCUAUUUCGUGUCGUAGUAAAUAAAUAAAAAUAUUAUCUGUGAUAUCAGAAAUAAGAGUACUUAAUAAUUUAAUAUGUACACAAAUUCGACUAUUUGAGAUUAAUAUUAUUUUUUAUAUAUAAUAUUUAUCUAUUGGAAACCAGAUAUACCUACGCAGAUGAUCGAGUAAAGCCAAUCGCUUAUAGUUAUUUUGAUUAGUUCAAUGGGUCAUGCGGGUAGAAUCAUUAUAGAGAAACAUCAGCUUAGUUAUAUCAAUUUCAACUGCAUAAUGCAAAAUAUAUUUUCUUGUAAAUACACUUUUUUAUAUGUACGUCUUGUUGAUAAAAAAUAAAAUGUUGAUGUUAA